GCAACGUCAGAAAGUUUAGCAAGUUAUGAUAAUUUUGAAUCUGAUGAACUUGUUCGAUUUAGGCAAAUUUAUUGCCUCAAGGUUGAAAAUACGAUUACUGAUGCUGAACUUUUCCCUAGUAUAAUGAUGUAUCUUAAAAAAAUCGAUAUUGGUUUACCAGAUAAUAUAUAUUCACUUUUAGUGAAUUAUUACAACACGGCUUAUGGUAAAAACUUAGAUUUAUUUUCAAUUGCGAAAGCAUCUCAAAAUCUGAUACGCUCUAUCUGUAGAAUUAUUGUAUAA